ACAAUUGGUUUAAGCAAAACUUCCCCUCCCCUCCUUGAAGACUGACUACUAGGGAUAUAAUUUUCUCUCACUUAACGGGAAGAGGGAAAGAUGUUGCUGGCGUUGCUGAUCUCCAAUUCCGUGGGCAACAUUCUCGUCGAACGGUAUCAUGGAGUUCCUGCUGAGGAGCGAUUGCAUUGGAGGUCUUUUUUAGUUAAACUGGGAGCAGAUAAUCUUAGAGGUGCGAAAAAUGAAGAGCUCCUUGUGGCAUCUCAUAAGUCUGUUUAUAUUGUUUACACGGUACUCGGAGAUGUCUCAGUUUAUGUGGUUGGAAAAGAUGAGUAUGAUGAACUUGCUUUGGCUGAAGUGAUCUUUGUGAUAACCUCAACAAUCAAGGAUGUAUGUGGGAAACCUCCAACUGAACGCUUGUUUCUUGACAAAUAUGGAAGGAUAUGUUUGUGUCUUGACGAAAUAGUUUGGACGGGAAUCCUGGAGAACACGGACAAAGAUCGAAUCAAAAGGCUGAUUAGGUUAAAGCCUCCAACUGAAUUUAGCUGAAGGGAAGCUGCUUGUCAUCUCACCUGUGCGGAUGAUAGUAAACCAGCCAUGAUUAAGGCAAAUGAAUCACUGUAUCUUGUUAUUUGAAUUGAAACAGUCUUAAUUUUCAGUUUGCUCCAUUUCUUUUUUUCUCUAUUUGGGGUCUGUAAUCGAAAUCUGUAACACAAGCAAAGUACAAAAAAACCAUUAAUAACGCUUGGGUUUUGAUUC